AUGGCGAAGGCUAUACCGCAGAUAUUCCCGCGAUCUCUUCAUAAGCUAUGCAGGUGGCACAUUAUGAGAAAACACAAGGAUUCGCUGGGGAAGCUGUACAAGUUGUUCCCUAACCUGAAGGAUCAACUGGCAGCGGUGCUGAAUCAUCCGCUUAUGCCGACGGAGUUUGAGGCUGCAUGGCAUGAACUGGUCAAGAAGUACAAUCUCCACGAUGUCAACGUCAUGCGAAGCGAGAGCAUGAACCACGUGCCGAAGAAGGGUUUCGUGAGAGAACAGCAUGAUCUCCACGUUUUUGCGCAGCAAGUUAACAACUGCAUACAGACAAGGCAUGAGUCGGAAGCAGCCGAGGCAACAGCUUCUAUGGGAGUUAUGAAGCCAUUAACACGGUAUGGCUUCGAGGCGCAAAUUCUAGAGCAUUACACUAGGGCCGUGUAUGGUGUGUUCAGGGAACGGCAAUUCCAUAGCAUCGGUUUCAGAAUUAAAACAUCUUCGCAGAACACAACUGAGUUCCUUGUGCACCACUACAACCAGAGCAGGGAAUUUUCGUGGUCAAGGCACGAGUUUCGUGUGCUAGCGGACAAAGCUGAGGGCAUAUUUGGGUGCGAAUGCAAGUUGUGGGAGCACACAGGGUUGUUCUGCCUCCAUGUGAUAGCUGUGUUUGAACAUCUGCGGCUAGACGAAAUUCCACGGCGAUACAUACUGAAGAGGUACACAAAGAAUGCAGUUGCCGACCCGGUGUUUAACCGCAGGGACUACAAAAUGACGGCCAAGGACGGGACAUCCCUAGAGUACAGGCGAACAAUGCUGUUCAACGAGGUUGUACGAAUAGCAGAUAACGAACAGCUUCUGGACAUUGAUGAGGAUGAGGAUUAUGAAGACCAAACAGACGAUGAUGAGAAUGAGGACGAUGUAGAAGAUUAUGAUGAAAAUGAAGAUGAUCAAGGCGGAGAAGGCGAGGAGGAAGAACAAUGCCAGACAAAAGUGACGAAUGAGCAAACUCUAGAAGCUACUGAAAACAGCAAACCAACUCCCGCUGUUCCAGAAGGACAAAGAACAUGCAGCAUAUGCAAAAAGAAGGCUUCGCACAACUCACGGACAUGCCCUGACAAGGAUGAGAUCCUCAAAAAGCAGCUUGAAGAGCAACAAAACUCAGAGGAUAAGGAUAUGGUGCCACAAGGGAAGAGAAGUUGUAGCAACUGUGGGAAAAUUAGAGGGCACGAUGCUAGAACUUGCAAGAAGUUGCAGCGGGAAGAACAACUCCGCGUGCAGAUGGAGUUGGAAUCACAGAAGAUUGCUCAAGAGAGAAGCCCCGAAGAGCAGGUACAACCAAUGCGUGCCACAAGACGUAGUGCAAGGCUGCAGUAG